UGACCCGGAAGCGCCGAUUCCCUUGGUUUGAAGCAGGACUCCGUUUGUCACCAAGUUGACCAGAGCGGUGUUGAUCCGCUUGUUGGAUUUAACCACAUCGACAUCUUUGCCUCCCAGAGCCUUCUUGAUCGCAGCAACCGAUGUUCCCUUGCGCUCUUUGGAUUCAGCCACCACCUGUGUGAUCAGUUUAGGGAGACUGAGGCCGUCGCUUCGCGGCUUGGACGCCGCCGUCUUCUUCUUCGUGGGUUUAGCCUGGGCUUUAGACGGCCCCGCAGCUGCUGGUGCUUCCUCUGCCAUGUUUUGCUGUCUUGUGUGUGCGUCGCUCGAGACGAGUUAACGUCAGGCAUUCAGGAGGCGGGACUUAUAAGGCACAUGAGAACCGUAGAGAGUCAACCACCAGCGCCGCUCUGCUCUCCGACGGAAAGUUGGUCUCCAUCCAGACAUCCAUCUCACUUGUUGUUUCCCCACUCAACAUGGAGGAACUGUACAUCCGACACGUGAAGCUGCUGGGCUUCGAGAAACGCUUUUACCCCAGUCAGCACUACGUGUACAUGCUGAUGGUGAAAUGGAGCGACCUCUCGGAGAAACUCAUCUACAGGACGUAUCCUGAAAUUUACACUUUCCAUAAAUCCCUGAAAGAGAUGUUUCCGAUUGAAUCUGGCCAAAUCGAGAAGAAGGAUCGCAUCAUUCCAUCACUGCCAGCCCCACGCUGGGUGGAGAGUCAAAGGUCACGGCAAACCAAGCAGAGUACCUUGGCCGAGUACUGCCAAUCACUGGUCAACCUGCCGCCGCACAUCUCACGCUGCACACACCUCAAUAUCUUCUUCAAAGUUCGACUGGAGGACGAAAACCCACCCGCUCCAAACGCAGUGAAAAAAAGUGAAAUCGUCGCGGAGACCAAAGUCUAUAUAUCUGAGAUAUCAGGUCCCAUCAUCCUGGACACAUACAGAGUGAUCGCAGACUUCGUGAAGACAUCCAAACACGAGCUCAAUCUGUACACCGGAGACUUGGUAGAGAUUGUGGAGAAAAACCAGAAUGGCUGGUGGUUCUGUCAGUGUGACACCAAACGAGGUUGGGCUCCUGCCUCCUACCUGGAACCUCUGGACGGACCAGAGGAAGCAGAAGACGUGGAGCCAAAUUACGAAGGAGAGCUGCACGUCACCAUCAGAGCCUACAAGAAGGAGACAGAGGAUGAGAUUUCUUUGGAGAAAGGGGAAACCAUUGAGGUCAUUCACAAGCUUUUGGAUGGCUGGUGGGUCGUCAGGAAAGGCGAGGAGACCGGUCACUUUCCCUCCAUGUUCCUGCAGAAAGCCGGCAAAGGCGGCAAUUAUGAAUCCAAGCAGUUGCAGGGAGUGAAACCUCCACCUCGCAGGUCCACCAUUAAAAAUGCCAAGAGCAUCCACAACCGAUCCCGACAGCGCCUCAGCCAGGAAGCCUACCGCAGGAACAGCCGCCGAUAUCUGCAGCAGAAGGGCGAGCGCCCCACCGCUUUGCCGAGGAAAAACAGGAAUAUGGAAAAGUCACCCCUGAGGGAACGGAAGAACCAAGGGAACAUUCCUGAGCAGAUGAGCUUGAUUUCCGAAUGUGAGCUAAAGCAGGAGGCCCCAGUCAUCCCUCCACGACCGAGUCCAGAGCUCAUCCUGGAACGCUGCACGGACAACACACGCAAGAAAGUCAGCAUCCGAAACUCCGGAAGCAGCAGCAGCAUUUAGCAUGGAAGCUACCAUUUUUAGUCAAUUCUUCAUUUUACUGUCACAUGAUAAUUUAUUGGUUUUACAUUUCUGAAUGUGUUCCUAAAAUGAAAUAAAAUGAGCUUUUUUGUUAAGUGAAAAUACAAAAUUGAGCCUUACAGAAAAUAAGUACAGUCUCUCAGCUUUAUCCCAGUUGCUUUUUGAAUAACAAUGGAAAUAUAAUUUUACCAAAUUACCAGUUUUGUUCAAAAACAUGGAUGAAAACAUGAGCCAAAGGGAACAAAUGACGACUUGGUACACGAAAAAAUUUGACCCCGACGUGAUUUGAACACGCAACCUUCUGAUCUGGAGUCAGACGCGCUACCGUUGCGCCACGAGGUCUGUGUGCCGUAGGUGGCACUUAAUUAUAUAUCAACACAAUAACUAGCACUGCUCAUGAAACAUUAAAAUGUACAUGCUGUAUUGACAGACCUCCUAACAUAUAUGAGCACCAUUCUAAUAAAGAGGCACUUUUC